AUGGACCGGUCCUGCUACUUCCCGCUGCGGUGGGAGAGCACCGGCGACCAGUGGUGGUACGCCUCGCCCAUCGACUGCGCGGCGGCCGAUGGCCACUACGACAUCGUCCGCCAGCUGCUGCACCUUGACCCCAACCUGCUCAUCAAGCUCACCUCGCUCCGCCGGAUCCGCCGUCUCGAGGCGCUCUGGGACGACGACGCCCGCUUCGUGCACGCGCCCCGCCACCGCGCCUCCGUCGCCCGGGGCCUGCUGCUGGAGUGCGAGUGCAAGCACGGCGCCGAGAACACGCUGCUCCGGGCCGGCUACGGCGGCUGGCUGCUCUACACGGCGGCCUCGGCGGGGGACGCGGGCUUCGUGCAGGAGCUGCUGGACAGGGACCCGCUGCUCGUCUUCGGCGAGGGCGAGUACGGCGUCACGGACAUGUUCUACGCGGCGGCGAGGGGCGGCAACGCCGACCUGUUCAGGAUGCUGCUGGACCACGCCAUGUCCCCGAGGUGCUCGACGUAUGGUCGCGACGGGGAUAGCACUGGCGCCGGCGCCGGUGACCGCGCCUCGGUGUUCCGGCUGGAGAUGAUGAGCAGGGCUGUACACGCUGCCGCGAGAGGAGGGAGCGUGCGGAUGCUGAAGGAGCUCAUCGACGGUCGCUCCGACGUGUCGGCGUAUCUUGAUAUCCGUGGAUCCACCGUGCUUCAUGCAGCUGCUGGGAGAGGGCAGCUCGAGGUUGUCACGUACCUGAUGGCCUCUUUCGACAUGAUCAACUCAACCGACAACCAAGGGAACACUGCACUACAUGUAGCGGCCUACCGAGGGCAUCUGCCCGUUGUAAACGCACUGGUUGCUGCAUCUCCAUCAGCCAUAUCAGCUGUCAACAAUGCAGGUGAUACGUUCCUCCACUCGGCGAUCGCAGGGUUCAGAACCCCGGGGUUCCGUCGGCUCGACCGGCAGCUGGAGCUCACCAAGCAUCUCAUUCGAGAGAGAGCCGCAGACAUCCGGAAGAUCAUCAACCUGAGAAACGACACGGGCCUUACCGCCCUGCACAUGGCUGUGAUUGGCUGCGUGCAUCCGGACCUCGUCGAGCUCCUGAUGACCACGCCGUCCAUCGACCUUAAUGUCGAAGACGCUGACGGCACGACCCCGCUGGCGCUGCUCAAGGAGCAGCUGCGAUCAACCACGUCGGAGAGGCUCAUCAAGCAGAUAGUCUCCGCCGGAGGGGUGCUGAGCUCGAGCGUGCUGAGAAGCCGGUCGGCCGUCGUUUCGCAGAUAAAGAUGCGGGGAGGGAUCGCGAUCAGUCCGGGCACCAUGUUCAAGAUAUCGGAUGCGGAGAUAUUGUUGCACUCGGGCAUUGCGGCGACGGAGUCCCGAAGGGCUAGCUCGUGCUCUAGCGAUGGCAAGUGUGACCCUGUACAUGCGGAUGCAAACGGCGAAGGUGACGAGAACCAUGGAUCGUCGGAGAAGAGGCUCAGCUCUGCCGGCCGAGCCAAGGACCGUCUCAAGAUGAUGCUGCGCUGGCCUCGCCACAGGGAGAAGAUGUCCAGGACGCCGAGGAAAUCCGAGGACGGCGGCCCGCUGGACACCAUCAAGAAGCUGAACAGUCAUGUCGCCGACACCCCGACUCCGCUCAGGCAGGCCUUCACCAAGACGACGGCGCUCAACAACAAGCGCACGCUCGCCGUCAAAAGCUCCGCCCCCAGCUCGGCCAGCAAGAAGAAGCUCAAGGACAUCUGCUUCGAAGAAGAGGAGAGCACGACGGUGACGCCGCCGUUCGGCAAGCUCAAGGACAUCAUCCUGGACAACGACGACGGCGCGGACGACCCGUCGUGCUCGAACUCGUCCUUCGCCGACGAGGGGGUCGUCGGCGUGGCCGCCCGGAGGAACCACGGGUGCGGGAACGGGAGGCUCAUCAACAUCUGCUUCGGCGCGCAGGGGCUCACGGUGGAAGACUCUGCCAGCGGGCAGCCGACGAGCAAGAUGUUCAAGCAGCAGUGCCUCCGGGUGUCCUGA